CUUCCUUUCGCCAUCACCCAGAAAGGAGGUAGAAAAUAAACUCAGUAAAAUAAACCGAAUAAAGGACGAACGAAAUAGACACAGCAAAGCCACGGGAGCUGUCAAAACUCGUUUUUCAUUAAUAUGGGGUGGGGUGCCAGGCUCUGACCCCACACCCAUUAUGGCCCCAGUCUAAGAAAGUGCUCAGCCUCGUCGCUCAGCCGGUGAUGCGCACGUCCGCGCGGCGUCUAGGCCGCCGGGCCCGCGCCGCCUCAGGUAGUAUGGCCAGUAGCUGCUCCUGCACCAGCAUCUCCACCAUCUGCUCCUUUGUGCGGAUGUCGGGCCGCAGCCAUUGGCGAGAGAGCUCCCGCAGCUGCCGGAACGCCUCCCGGGGGCCAGCCGCGUCCUGGUAGCGGAACUGCCGAAAACGCUGGCGGAACGUCUCGGGGCCGGGCCGGGAGCCACCCGGACCUGCGGGGAGGCGCGGGGCGGCUUCGGCUUGAGGCGCAGAACCUAGGGGUGCGGGUCCCACAGGCAGCUCCGCGGCCGCCAAGGGCAUAGGAUUCACUUCGGGGAUCGCGGCGUUGGCCCUGGGGUGCUCAGGAGCAGGCGCAGAGGACUCUGAAAUCCAGGAGCCCGCAGCGUUGGGUUCAGGGUCUAUGUUCGGGCCGGUUCCUUCCUGCUGCUCGGGCGGCGCUGCCGCUGGGCUCCCUGUGGCUGCUAAGCUCGGCUCGGUUGCCGCCAUGACUUCAGCUCCCCGCGUCACUCUUUGUCCGGCAGCUGUGGGGUCAGCACUGCGUCUGCGCGGGGUUGGAGUGCAGGAGAUGUUUCUCGCUAAAGAGCAGAGCCCGCACCACCCUUCCUGGAGGCGGACGCGGGACCCACCAAAGGCUCGCCGAGCUUACCUGCACCGGCGAAGCAGCCAGAGCGACCGGAAGUGGGAGUCUCCCUGGCUUCUCUAUGAUUAGGUCAGCGCAAGAGCACCCGGAAGCCGACUUCUUGCUUCCGGAAGCGACGCCUCCUAGCGUUGAGCGGUCGCAUCAGGAGGUCGCUGAGACCCGAGUGUGGCCGGCGGAUCUCAGCCUACAGGGGAACUCUCUAGGUGGUGGCGCCUCCGAGCUCCAGUCCGAGUCAGAGUCGGUGUCGGCUUCGGUGUCUGUGUCCGAGCAUGAGUUGGAAUGGAAGUCGGAGUCGGAGCCCGAAAUCCAAGAGAGACUUCAAGUCCCGAUUAAGAAGUCAGCAUACCAAAAGGUGAAGAAUUGGUCCAAAAUCAAAAAUCUAGGGCUGUACCAGCUUUCCAUGGAUAUCAUAGUGAUGAUCCGAGUGUGUAAGAUGUUCCGCCAAGGACUCAGGGGAUUCCGAGAAUAUCAAAUCAUUGAGUCCUCUCACAGAAAGCACCCUAUCUUCUCCUUCUGGGAUAAAAAGAAGCAAGGCCGAAUUACAUUUGAUACCAUGGACUUUGUUGCUGAGGAGGGUCACUUCCCUCCAAGGGCCAUUCAGAUUACACAGAAGAAGCCUGCCUGGAGGACAGAGCAGGAGAUCCAGGCCCUCUGCAAUGUCCUACAGGUUCUGGAUAGCUACCGGAACUACACAGAGCACCUACAACUGCUCUUGGCCAAGAUCAUGCGCUUUGAAAGGUUUGGCCGUAGGCGUGUGAUUCUCAAAAAGGGACAGAGGGGCAACAGCUUUUAUUUCAUCUACGUGGGUACAGUUGCAGUAACUGAGGAUGAAGAUGGCAGCAGUGCCUUCCUAGACCCCCACCCAACAUUGCUAUGCAGGGGCAGCUGUUUUGGGGAAAUGGGCCUUCUGAGUGCAGGAAUAAGGAGGGCCACUGUGGUCUGCUUGGAGGAAACAGAGUUCCUGGUUGUUGACCGGGAGGACUUUCUGGCUAAUAAGCUGGAUGAAGAAGUUCAAAAGGAUGCUGAGUAUCGGUUUCAAUUUUUUAGGAAGCUGGAUCUGUUUGGAUCGUGGUCUGAUGAGAAGCUCUGGGAGCUAGUAACCCUGGGGAAGGUAGAGAAGUACUCAUAUGGGCAGCUGAUCGAAAAAGACUUUGUAGAGUCCUCCUUCAUCCUGUUGAUCUGCAAGGGCAGCUGUGAAGUCUUGCGGCUGAUAGACCUCCAGACCUCCCCUUACUAUUACAAGUGGAUCUGGCAGCAUCUGGAGCUGAUAGACAACAUACCUUUAAGGGUUCACUUCGAUGAAUCGAAUCCUAUAUUGAGAUUUAGGGAAUUCCAGAUCGCAUCAUAUCCUCUACAGGACUUUAGCUUUUUGAAACUUCUUCAUCUCCAGGAAACCUGGAAGCAGCAGGAGACAAGCUUCAAUAAUACAAUCAAAACCUCAGGAAAUAGUCUCCCCAAGUUACUGGGCCCGAAAAUAAAAUCCAGGCGUGCUCAGUCAAUCCGAUGUCCCAUGGUCAAUACCCAGUUUGGUGAGCUCCCCAAGGAGGCUGUGGUAGGGGCCUACAUGAAGAUCCACACUGUGGAGCAAGGGGAAAUUGUGGGCUUUCAUCAGGCCUUCCUUCCAGAGCACCAACGUGACAUGCGGCCCUUGAGCCUCAUAAGUUUGGGAACAGAGUUGCUUCGAUUGAGAAAAGAAAAAUUUUAUGAAAUGAUUGAUGACGAGACAAGAGAGAAGUUGUCAAGGUCUGACAUUGAGUAUCCCAGUGAUGAUGACAUGUGCCAGAGGUUGCUCAAGGAAAACAGCUGGAAUAUCUUUCGGAAGGACCUGGUGCGGCUGCUGGUGGAGCCUCACAAAAUGCCACCCUUCACCCCAUUCCAGCCCAAGAGGAAAAGCAUAUACAACCCUAAGUCUUUGAUCCUGGAUUUGUGUAGUGUCAACAAGAAGAUUAAACCACAUCAUCCCGUUUUUAUGACAUCCCAGAAAUACCUUCCCCCACUGAGGAUCGUCCAAGCCAUCUCAGCACCCCGGCACAAAAUCCAAGAACUCCUUCCUCAGUAUAAGAAUGCGGGGGUCCUUCUUUAGAAUCAAUAAAGGAUGUUGGAUUGCCCACCGUGUUUUCAGAAUGA